UGUAAAAACUGUGACUGCUUCUGUACGUGUCCCCUAAACACCAAAACGAAAAUUCACGCUUCCUCAGCCCACCACCUAACAGGCGAAAUAAAGUAUGCCUACUCAUCUUGCUAAGAACCGUAAGCUUCGUGGUCACGUUUCCGCCGGUCACGGUCGUAUCGGAAAGCACAGGAAGCAUCCUGGUGGUCGUGGUCUUGCUGGUGGUCAACAUCACCUCCGUACCCACUUGGAUAAGUACCACCCUGGUUACUUUGGUAAGGUCGGUAUGCGCCGUUUCCACCUUCAAAGAAACCCCUUAUGGCGCCCUAGUGUCAACUUGGACCGUCUCUGGACCUUGGUUCCCAACGAAACCCGCGAAAAGUACUUGGGUAAGAACACCGAGGUUGCCCCUGUGAUUAACGUCGUCCAAUCUGGUUAUGCUAAGGUUUUGGGUAAGGGUCGUCUUCCUGAGACUCCUGUCAUUGUUCAAGCUCGCUACGUCUCCCGCAGAGCUGAGGAGAAGAUCAAGCAAGCUGGUGGUGUUGUUGAGCUCGUUGCUUAAAAUGAUUAAUAAAUGUUGUUUGGUUUAAUUUUAUGACGAAUUUUCCUGGGACUGACCAAAAAUUGGUUUGUUUAAAUGUGUAUUUUU